AUGCUUCAGGGUUGUCGUGAGGAGACACUGGUGGCGAAUCCACAACAGGCUGCAGCGGAUGCUGACGCCCUCUACCAUGCCGGGGAAAAGCGCAUGGGUACGGAUGAGGCUGCAUUUACAUGUGUCCUUACGCAACGCAGUUUCGCACAAAUUCGGGAGAUAGCAAAAUGCUAUCAGCAGAAACACGGUAAAUCGCUCCAAAAGGCCGUUGAGAAGGAGACAUCUGGCUUCUUCGAGAAGACUUUCGUAGCGAUCAUUCAGUACGCCGAGGACAAGAAUACAUUGUUGGCAAAGUGGUUCCAUGAAACCAUGGCUGGUGCAGGCACCAACGACGAUGACCUCAUUAGGCUUGUACUCGUCCGUUCAGAUUUGGAUCUGGAGGACAUCAAAAGGGCAUAUCAGGCCAAGUACAAGAAGAGUCUUGCAAAGUCCAUCGAAGGAGACACGUCGGGGGACUAUAGAAGCAUGCUUGUGGCCCUCGUCAACUAA